AAAAACCCUGUUCGGUACACAGUUACAUGUGUUUGUGUUUCUGCUUGUCCACGUUCACGCGCACAUGACUGGGAGUAAAUGGAGCUCAGGCUGAGUUUAACCACAGCUUUAGGGAAAUUAAACACACCUGAUUUGUUGGUAACUUGUCAUGGGAAACUCACACACACACACACACACACACACACACACACACACACACACACACACACACACACACACACACACACACACACACACACUCAGCUGUGUUGAACUGCAGUGAACAGAGACACAGAGGAGGAGAGCUGGAUCCGUUCUGCUCUAUUUCCAUCAGGUCUCCUCUCUUUUUCACUGUCAUAUCUGACUGGAUCUUCAAAACAAAAGCUGAGUGUGUGUUUGUGUGUCGCAGCUCCACAUGCUUCUACUUUUGUCUCCACAUGUACAUACAAUGGCACUGUUCUUCAAAAGGAAACAACAUUUGGCCUGAAUAAAGUACUGUUUCUGUUUGAUAAAUGCAGUGAAUGUAGAUGCUUAACCUUCAUUUGAUCGUCCACCUCAGGAGACUGUAACUAAAUAUUACAUGAGAUCUUGGUUUGUAUUCUCCUUAAGUGUGCUGCCUUUGAAUUAAAAGAAAAAUGUUUGCUUGGAUAAUUGAACUUUGUGAAGGACAUCACCAGUAAAAUUGAGAAAGUAUUAACAGGAAAAUACAUAGUUUUGAUGUUUAAAGCUUAAAAAAAUUAAGAUAAUAUUUUAUUUAAAAUAUCUGAUAGUUUUUUUAACACAAGAACAAGGGAUAAAUAAAUAAAGUUAAUAAAAUAAUGCUUUUUUACUGGCAUCUAUUGCUCCAUUUAACAUAAUCUAACCUUUUCUUUGUGUGUUAUUAAAUUAUUAGAUUAAUCUAAAUGUUUACUGAGGAGUUCUUUGAAAAAAAAAAAGAAAAGAAAAAAAAAACAGUCCCCCGUUUAUUUUCAAGAGUGUAUAAGAGUUGUAUUUCAGCUGGAUCAAACAAAGCAUUUGUCUUUCUCUGUCUGUAUUGAUGGACUGAGCCUCAGUCGUUCUUCUGCAAUCAAACAUUCAUAAAGCACGAGGCUCUGCUGUGGAGGACAUCCACACAAAUCAAGAUCAUCUCAAGACGUGUGCACUGAGACGGAGCACAUGCUCUCUCGCUCACACGGAUAAAGGACCGUCACCCGUCUUCUCCUCACUGCUCUGCAUCUGUGCUGGAUUAUCGUGUUGGAGUAUCUCAGUGGAGAAGGAGAUCCUCAUCUUCCUCACCAUCACACUCCUCCGUCAGGGACUCAUCUAGCGCUCCGCUCCAGACUCCAGACUGCAGCUUCAUGGGAAAGACGCUGGAGCAGCCCCAGAUGUUCCCGCACUACACCUGCUACUAUCCACCCUACGCUCACAGCAAGCCAUAUGCCCCGCCCCCGCAGCCGAUGGCCCCGCCCAGUCCAGGAAGCAGCAGCUGUAGUCAGAGUGCAUUGGAGCAUCUCAGUAAAACCAACCUGUACAUACGAGGACUUCCACCUGGAACCACUGACCAGGACCUCAUCAAACUCUGCCAGCCAUAUGGGAAAAUUGUGUCUACUAAGGCCAUCAUGGACAAGAACACAAACCAGUGCAAAGGUUAUGGUUUUGUGGACUUUGACUGUCCGGCAGCAGCACAGAAGGCUGUUUCCUCUCUGAAGGCCACCGGUGUGCAGGCGCAGAUGGCAAAGCAGGAGCAGGACCCCACUAACCUGUACCUGUCUAAUCUGGCCGUCUCUGUGGAUGAACAGGAGCUGGAGGCGCAGCUCAGACCCUUCGGUCAUGUGAUCUCCACGCGGAUAUUACGGGACGCCAGCGGCAUGAGCAGAGGCGUCGGCUUCGCCAGGAUGGAGUCCACAGAGAAAUGUGAAGUUGUCAUACAACAUUUAAAUGGAAAAUAUCUCAAAACUCCAGCAGGAAUCCCAGGUCCGUCUGAACCGCUGCUGUGCAAGUUUGCUGACGGUGGCCAGAAGAAGAGACAAACUCAGAGUAAAUAUCCACAGAAUGGCCGAGCAUGGAGGGAAGGAGAGAUGGGAAUGACUCUCACAUACGACCCUGCCGUCAUGCAGAACAGGUUCUACUCUUCUCCGUACACCAUCACUGCUAACCGGAUGAUCUCGCAGGCGUCCAUCACUCCUUUCAUCACCGCUUCACCCGUGUCUGCAUAUCAGGUUCAGAGCACAGCGUGGAUGCCACCGCAGCAGUUUGUGAUGCAGCCGACAGGAGCGGUCAUCAGUCCAGCUCUAGAUCAGUCCAGCUCAGCGGCCGUGAUGAAUCCACUAACACAACAGAUGAGUCAGCUGACACUGGGAUCUUCUGCUAAUUAUAUAACGGCUCCGGCUCCUGUGGCCCCUAUGCAAGGAACAUUCAUCCAUCAGUUAACACCGGGCCCUCCGUCAGCGCUUCCUGUAGAGGGUGUAGUAUCAGAAAUUCCUCUCCAGGCGAUGACUCCCUCGUCACAGGACGUCCAUUUAACACAGCAACAGAUCACCAUGGAAACCAGCGACCAUAUUCAACCCUGCUCCUACCAGUCCAAAUAGCAUCCUGAGGAGGUGACUGUACGUCAGCGUUGCCUUCUGAUGGAGAUCAGACGCUCUGCACUGAAAAUACAGACACAUUAUGAACUUCCAGGUGACCUCAGAACCAAAAACACUGACUUGACUUAUUUCCCACCUGGACUGAAGGACUCCGCAGGCCGCUUCAUGAGCUGAUGAGGUUUAUUCUCUGGUUCUGAUUAGAAGAACACGGAUUAUCUUCCUCUGAUAUUAAGCUAACACAUCUUUAUAUUCUGUUGAUUUUCAAAUGUUGGUUUUAUAGGAAUUUACACAAAUCUCAGUUGCCUUAAUUUUGAAUACAUCUGAAAUUUGUUUAAUAUCUGGUAUCAUGUGUAAAUAAUGACGGGACUGAAUCCUGAUAUCACCUCUUCUUCACUUGAAGAAAAAUAAUUAUAAUUUUUCUGAAUGGAUUGCAUUUUACCGAACAUUAAUUUUCACAAAGAGGGAAAAACAGUACAGCAGUUUGCUGUUAUUGAUAAACAUGCUUUUUA